UCCGCUGCGGCGGCUGCAGCAGCGACGCCAGCGCUGACACGGGCUACUGCUCAGGUCCGAGGCUCGCUGACUGCGGGCCCCGAUAACUCGAGGAGAGGGUGACAGUGAGAAGAAAAGAGUUGGCACUUGGGUACCAUGGAUUGGAGAAGAGAAACCCAUGAAAGAGGCUGAGGAAGAGCAGCCAGAAGAGCAAGAGAACCAGAAGAUGGUGUUUGGAGUUCAACCGCAGAGUUCUGUGGAGGAGGAAGUGGUCAACAGAGUCAAGAAACAGCUGAGCCCAGUCCAACUCAAGUUCAUGGAUCAGACACUACCUGGAUCCCCCUCCAGAUUCAAACAGCUGCCAGCUGAAGAAGCGGGGAGAUCACAGGCUGGAUUAUGCAAAAUGGAUGAUUUUACUCUGGAUGAUCUCACUGUAGACAAUUAUGUCAUAAAUGAUUGUACUUAUAUGGAGGAUUUGGAAUCUACUCCUGAGUCUGUGCCUCCUAAUUAUAUUAAUUUGACACACAUUCACACCAAUACAGAGGAUAAACAUUGUAAAGAGCAUAUUCAAAAAGAGAAAAACAUAGAAUUUGACAUUUGCCGUAUAUGGUGCCAUAAACCAGUUACUGUCCUGAGAGAGUACUGUGAUGCUAUUAAAGUCUAUGUCUUCUGGCCGCUUCUGUUUCAACGUCAGAAUGGGUGCCCAUUUGCACGACUACAUCCUUGUGUGGAGGCCAAUAAUUCUCGUGCUUGGGAGUUAAGUUUGGAGAGAUUACAGUACAUUGAAUUGCUGGAAGAGAUUGUGGAGUUGACAAAGAAAGUUGCGAACAGUUCUUUCUUCAUUGGAAGCUUACUGAGAAUUGGUUACAAAAUAGAAAAUAAAAUGACGGUAACCGAAGAAGCAUUGAAUUGGGUAAAAUUUGUAGGUGACAUAACGCUUCUGCCUAAAUUAGGAUCACUUGAAAAGUGUUGGCCUAUGUUAAGUAUUUUCUUUACUGAAUACAAGUAUCAUAUAACUAAAUUUGUAACAGAAGAGUACAAUUUGCUUGAGGAAUUUAAAACCUCGGAUUGUGAAGAAUGUUCAGAGCGAGGAGACAUAAUGAAAAUAAAAGGAAAUGAAGAAUUUCACAACAAAAGAUUUGAUCUUGCUAUUAUCUAUUACACCCGAGCUAUUGAGUAUAGACCUGAGAACCACAUUCUUUAUGGAAACCGAGCUCUUUGUUUUCUUCGUACUGGACAAUUUAGAAAUGCACUUGGUGAUGGGAAGAGAGCUACAGUUUUGAAGAGCACUUGGCCAAAGGGUCAUUAUCAUUUUUGUGACGCUCUUUCUUUGCUGGGAGAAUAUGAGUGGGCUCUGAAGGCAAACAUCAGAGCUCAAGAAGUCUGUAGACAUGACCCUGCGGCAUUGAAGGAGCUGAUUCAGCAGUAUAUCAAGUUCCAAAGACAAAUAGAAGACCGACAAGGCCAUCCCAGAGGUGGUGGUCAGCUCAGGAUAGCCGGUAAAAAUAGCAGGGAAUACAACCCUCUAUUAGUACCUUCAUUUAGGGCUUCGCUGGUCUUUGUGGAUACUGAAAAAACCUCUGCAAACAUUGUUUAUGAAAUGGCAAGUGGUGGUAGAAGGCAUAGAAGGUCUAACUCUUUUUGGGCUGAGGAGCAUAAUUAUUUCGUAAGGGGAGCUGGUGCUGCUACUGCUGAGUUUUACGAUUGCCAACCAUCCACAAGCAAGCCUUCACGUCAUCAAGGAAGACACAGCUCCAGAACUGACACAUUAAGAGACAGCUUAAGAAUUCAAGAAGAAUUGAGAAGCGCUUUGGAGAAACCAUUUCCUAAAUCUGCCAGAGCUGCCCAUCAGGAUUUUAUUGCUUUAAUGAAACUGCUGAAAGGUCUUAUUCAAGACGGUUACGAGAGUUUGCUGGACCAGCGCUGCCGCUGUGUUUUCAAGGCCUUUACCCACUUGAUAAAUGGCCUAGAUAAUAAAAAAAUAAAGGAAUUAACUGAAGCUGAAAAGCAGUUCAAACGGAUUCUUAGAUUAUACCCUAACGAGGGCCUUGACUGCCUGGCCUACUGCGGAAUUGGAAGUGUGUAUUUGAAAAAGAACAGAUUUUCAGACGCUCUUAAACACUUUGAGAUAGCGAGAAAUAUCAUUGGGCGCCUACCCAGAGCAUUACCGUGGCCCACAAAUAGCAUGGUCAUUGAAGAAACCCGGCCAGGGAGAAUCAAGGUACUCCUGGAGAAGCUGAUUGAAGAAUGCAAGUUCCCCCCCCCUCCAGAGGGAAUUUGUGCUUACCAUGGACACUGUACGGGCGUCAAAAUCCAGAUAUAUAUCUCGGACCCUGACUUCAAGGGCUAUAUACGAGUCCUCUGUAGCGAGAUCUGUAAACUUGAAUUUCAUACUAACUGUUGGAAGAGAUUAAAAGCAUUAUGCUACGAUGAUAAACAGGACAAGGACUUUCUAAAUGCAAGUUGUCUGACGCCUGACUGCCAUGGAGUCAUUUAUAAGAUCACUGUGUACAACAGCAAAGGUGGUAUGAAAUGUGAAUUUGAACACAAGGUCAUAAAAGAAAAGUUACCUCCAAGACCUAUUCUGAAACAGAAAUGUACUAGCCUAGUGAAUCUAAAAGAGAGAGAAGAGAAAAAAAUGAACAGAAAGCUCCAGAAAGAAGAAGCCAAACAACUAGCAAAACAAAGAAUGGAAGAGUACUUAAGAGAGAGUAACCUACCCCCCAAAGAAGAGAAGAAAGAGGAAAUCCAGGCUUACCAGUACCUUGAUGACCGAAUUCUACAGUGCCUCUUGCAGUACUCGCAGAAGAUCAAAGCCGGGGUGCUCAAUAUUUCUGUGCUUAUGAAGGAAUUGCUUUCUUGGAAGGUCUUAACCCCAGAUGACUACACCGCAUGUUUUUCCAGCAGAAAUUUUCUAAAUGAUGCAGUGGACUUUAUCAUUCAGCUUUUGAUUGACAAAAGUAACCGCGUGAAGACAAGAAAAUUCCUCCAUGUUCUGAGUGAGCAUAAGGAAAUAGAUCCCCAGGUUGCCUCCUGGAUCGAGAAACUCAAUGGCUUUGGCUAUACGGCUGUGGGACAUUUUUUCUCUCGUUACGGGGAGAAGCUGAAGAACCUAAAUUUUACCUUCGUGAGUAUCCUCUGGAAUGAGAAGUACGCUUCAAUUCUGGGCUCGAUAGAAGGAAAGACCUUUGAGUAUUUCCGUGAGCCAGCAUCCCUGAAAGAAGCACGCUGCCUGAUUUGGCUGCUGGAAGACCACAGAGAUAAGUUUCCAGCACUGCACAGUGCUCUGGAUGAAUUCUUCGAUAUACUGGACAGCAGCUGCACUGUGCUAAGGAAACAGGACCAUAAUGAUGACCAGUACGCCCCUCCUGCAAAGGUGAGAAGCAAAGGAAAGAAAAAGAAACCAAAAGAUAUGAAGCCUAUGUUAGUCGGGUCUGGAUUACCUUCACUAAAGACAUGUUUUAAAAGUGAGACUGUCGCUUCAAGAGUCAACAGAAAAGGCAAUUCAGGCCGGAGGCGUCUUCGGAAAGAAGUAGAAGAAUUCGAAGCUUACUACCAUAAGAAGCAGCAGCUGCAGAACCCGCAAACUAGAGAGUACACUGACCAGAGUAAGACGGCUGAGACAAGCUCUAAGUCAAAAUCGACUCUGUAUGAUUACUUCUCUGAGUAUUUGGAGGACAAUGGCCCCUUGGACAUCAGAGAUAAGGUAUUCUCCAACGAAUAUCGAUUUUUUCCAGAAGAAACUCGGCAGAUAGUGCAAAAGGCAGGGGGCCUGAAACAGUUUCUUCUGAGGUGUCCUCGUUUCGUCGUGAUUGACAACUGCAUUGCACUGAGGAAAGUCCCCACACGGUUCAGGAGAAAGGGAAAGAAGAGAAUUAAGGAAGAAGUAGACGACCUUGUCAACAUCGAAGAUGAACUGUACUUGCCAUUUUUCUUAUCUCUGAGCUCAGAAGCCAAGGAAGUUACCCCAGAGUCAGAUCCAUCUUCAUCACCAGCUAAAGAGGAUCCAGUGACCGCUCCAGCAUCUGCUGACUCGGCUUGUGCAGGCCCAGCUGUGGAGCCUAAGCUGGCAUCAGGAGAUUUUCCCAGGCCAGUUUCUGAAGAUGGGUAUGCCAAAUGGAUCGCUUCCGACUCUCCCCAGUCAGGUUCUGAGGUUGCAGUUCCCAUGCCAGCCUCCUCUCAGUCUCUGGUACCAGUGUUCCAGAAUGUGAGUCCAGCCUACUGGGCUCAGCCCCCUGCGGCCUCGGGCUACUGCACAUACCUUUCUUAUCAGGGGUAUGACAUCACACAGACACCACCAGUAUACAUCAAUGAGCUGUCAAGUGUGCCCCCAUAUGCUGGUGUAUACACACCUCUGACAAGCUUUUCAGAGUAUGAGUUGCAACAGGGAAUUCCAUUCCUGCAGCCUUUCGUAACUUUUAGUGAGCCAAAUCCAAAUGCUGCGGCUGGUUUUGAGGGCCCCCAAGUGAAUGCUGAGAAGGCCUCUGGUAACCAGCAGGCCCCAGUGAAGUCAUUCUGUAGCUCAGGUGUUUCUACUACAGCUCUCAGUGAGUCUAGCAGAAAUGGCUUCCGUGAAAAGUUUGCCAACCAGGAGGGAGAAAACAGAAUCGAGACCAAUGGAGCCACAGCUUUUCUACCUACACAGAAGGCUGCCAUACAGGUGCCCAGGGUUAUGGUAGACCAGGAGGUCAACACUGACCCUUAUGAAGGUUAUGAGGCUGAGCUGGGGGAUAUCUCAAGGAUGGAAAAGGAAUACAGGAAACUGCAAGAGAUGCUUGAGCAUGCAUAUGAAAAUUAUGAACAGACAAGAUUCAAGGGCUUGGCAGAUAUCAAAGACCUGGAAGAAAAGCUGGAAAAGAAUGCAGAACAAAACCAGGCCUCCCAGGAGGAAUUAGAGCGGUACAUCCAGAAUCUGGAGAAGGAGAAUAGAAAAUGGCAGCAGGAGAAAAAGGAGGCCCAGGAAAAAGUCAAAGCCCUGAGGAAGAAAGUCAAAAGGCUUUGCGACGCCAGUGAAAUGUGUACCCAGAAAAAUGAUGAAAAGGAUGAGGAACAUGGAUUACAUCUGGAUGAGUCCCUUGAAAUCAGAAACUCACUUGCAAAUGAGAAAGCAAAGCUGGAAGCACGCAUAAAGAAAGGAGGGCAGUCUUAUGUGGCGGUCCGGGAGCGAUUCAUGGAUGCAGAGGUGUCUGUGCUUGAAAGCUGGAAGGAACUCUAUCUGUGGAAGUUAGAAGUCAUCAAAAGCAGUGGAGAAAACUAUGUGGAGCACCUGAGAAGUCGGAGCAGUGAUUAUGAUGAGUCUCUAUUGGAAGCUGUCUUACAGGAAUGGUACUCUUGCUUUUCUUGGAUUAAAGAUGAGCUUGAAAUCAUAAAUUCUCAGGUGGAGGAAAAGGUUGAGGAAGCCAGAAGCGGUGCAGACGUCUGCGAGAUUACGGACAUGUUUUGCCUUCCUGUCUUCGACCAGUACAAGCUUCUGCCUAAAGACGCAAAGAAUGGCAGCGCCUCUGCAGAGCACGCUUCCGCAGACCAGUCUGAAGUCGCCCGGCUGUUAGCGUGUGCCAAGAAGGCUGUCCAGGAAGCUCAGUCCAGGCAAAACACCCAGGCUGAGCAGAAAUCGCCUUCGCCUCAAGGACGCGCUGCCCGCUCCAGCCAGAAGCCGUUCAAUAGUAUCAUUGAGCACCUGGCAGCAGUGUUCCCGUGCUACAGCAGCUCCAGGCUUGCUGGAUUUGUGAAAAAAGUGCGAGUCAAGAGCUCCCUUUUAGGACUGAGUAUUGAUGAAACCGUCGGGCGAGUCAUCAGACACAUCCUGAUCGAACAGAAGAAGGAGCCCAGUCCAGGGAGGGAGCCCAAGGCCCCUGGGCCCAGCUCUGAGAACCAGCCCUCGGUCACUGCCCCAGCGCCACCUGGAGCCCAGGAGCAGAGACAAGAAGAAGAGAGUGUGGCGCCAACUACAAGUUCCUGUGAAGUAUGCCAACAGGCCCUGGAGCCAAAAAACACCUGUGUGCUGAACUGUAAGCACACAUUCCACACUUGGUGCUUUAAGCAGUGGCUUAAAGGACCCAGAGUCUGCCCAGGGUGUUUUCAGCAAGAUGAGUGAAAACAACGGCCUGCCCAGUAAAAGCGAUGGCCACCCACCGGUCCAGGCUCUACUCUGCUGAGUGAUGGCCUAGACUGUGGAAUUGGCAGACUAACACUCCACUACACCAGAUGGAUGACACUCACCUCUGAGGAGUCUGGUCCGGUCCAGUGUGUCACCUCCUGCUGAUCCAUGGAUCUCUCCUACAGGUGACCUUCAGUGUCAGUGCCCCCCCUCCCCGCCAGUUCAACACUUGACACCAUUGCAUUUCUUACAUUGCUGGUGCUGCUGCUGCUGCCCAUGGCGCUUUGCAGAGUGAGUGUUCCCAGCUCUCCGCAGGUUCUAGGGGUUCUUCCCCAGCUAAAGGGCCCCAGUGCCCCCUUUGUUUUUGAAAAACCCAUUCCGGUGUCUCCCCAAAAGAGAUGAUCUGGGCCUUUUACACUUUUUCCUCAGAGUCAGUGUGCCCGAGUACGCCUACUGUUUUCCUUGAAGGUUCAGCAUUUAUAAAGUGAGCUGAAGCCAAGCAAAUUUUAGCCGUUUUGCGAGUUGAUUCUUAAAAGUCCUAGUUCGGUAUCAACUGACCGAGACCAAAAGAUGAAAAUCUCCUCAUCUUGAAAUUAUUUGCUUUUUAUUUUUGCAUUUUUAUUCUUUUCUCCCUGACCCUCCCUACAACCCCCCACCCCACCCCCCGUAGAUUUGCAGUGUUUAUUUGUCAUCUUUUUAAGAAUAUGGUCUAUUUUUUUUAAUUGCAUAAAAAUAGAUUACUUUUUUAUUUGUAUCAGCUGAGACCUUUUUACCCUUAAAACCGAUGCUGUGUAUUCAUUAUCCCAACCCCAUAUUUGGGACCUACUCUUUGAACACUAAUAUCUCAUUAGAAGCGCCUGCCCUUGUCCGUGAGUUAGCUGGUCAGGGUGUUUGGGCAUCUGGCCCAGCACCACACACCCCAUGAACCCCACAGGAGAGGAGAGUGUCCGUCCUCCUCUCCACCCCCUACACAAAAAGAACCCUGUAUGUUAGACAAUCCUGGUGUCCCUGUACAAUCACGAUGUGGCAUUUGACGUUUGUGUUAAUGCAUGCGGAGUACACUGUGACCUGAGAAUAGCAUUGUUUACCUGUUAGAAACUGUUCAACACGUACAUGUCUUAGUGAUGUAUUGACAGUGGUGCCUAUGGAAACGUGAAUUUCUGUACACAUUCCAUUUCUCAAACUGUUCCUACAUGUGUCCUUUGUUCCUUUGGAAACCAGCAGUUACAUGUUUAUGAGCCAGUCUUGGUCACUGUCCUCUGCCCGUGUCAAUGUGAAUUUUGAUGUGUUUCUGACUUAAUCCCUGAACACACACACCUUGUUCUGAAACAGGUUCUCCACGCAGAUCCUGAAAGCACUGUGUAUGUUUGUAUCGUUGAUGUCUGUGGAAUUUUAAAAUCUUAGGGAUCACUUUGUAGCAGCAAAUAUAGUGGAAAAGAGCAAUUGUAGAGUCAAAGAGUGUAUUUUGUAUAUAACUUCAAGUAUAUUCUUGUGAACCUGCCUUAUCUGUGUGUAACCACAUUCUAAAUAAAGAGCAUUCAAAAAUAA